AUGGCAACAAAAAUCAUCUUCUUCACAGUGAAUGGGAGACCGGAGCAGGCUGAGUUCCCAGUGGAUUGCCCUGCCCAGGAUGUCAAAGAUCUGUUCCGCUCUGCAGCAGAGGCAGGACCUCAUGACAUCCUGAAGUUGUACAAUCCUAAAGGCAACAUCAUCAACAUCUCCCCAAGCCUGGACCCCAACAGCCCAGACUCCUGCUACAAGCUGGAGGUGGUGGCUGCCGACUGCAACAGUGCAGAGCUUGCUGGUGCACUAGGAUUUGACCUCUCCUCCAUGGAGAAAAGACUGCAGGGCCUGGAGAAGAAAAUUAUGAUCAAGGCCGGCGAGACGCCUGCAGUAGUGUAUGAGAUGAAGAAACAGGUGGAUUCAUUCCGGGAGAAACUAGAGAGUGUGGAGCAUCUGAGCUGGCUGGGAUUGUUUAAAGACCUGUCAGAGGGAACACACAAGCCCUCCCCAUUCUACCACAAGAGAACCCUCCAUAAAACCAGGAAGGAGUGUGAGCAUGUACGGGAAAAGUUCCUUCAGAUGAGCUCCCUGGAGGUGUCAGAAGAAGUAAAGCAGUACUUAAAGACCCCAACCUUUGAUAACUGGCAGUGGGAGGACGCAGAGAUCAUGGUGCUCCUGCAAGUCAUGUACACAGACUUAGAUUUCAUAGCAGCUUUCAACAUUGAGCCCGAAGUACUGCAACAGUUCCUGUUUGAGGUCUAUCGAAGAUACAACAACAUCCCUUUCCACAACUUCAAGCACUGUUUCUGUGUUACCCAGAUGAUGUAUGGUUUGAUCUGGCUGACUGACCUGAAGAGUAAGAUGGACAGCGUCGACUUGCUGAUCAUGCUGACCUCUGCAGUCUGCCACGACCUUGACCACACAGGAUACAACAAUGCCUAUCAGAUAAAUGCUCGGACUGAACUUGCUCUCCGCUACAAUGACAUCUCUCCACUGGAGAACCACCACUGUGCAGUAGCUUUUGAGAUACUGGAGAAGACAGAGAGCAACAUAUUCAGGAAUUUGUCCAUGGAUCAGUACAAACGGAUAAGGGAAGGGAUCAUCAAAUGCAUCCUAGCCACUGACAUGACAAGGCACAAUGAGAUUCUCAACAAGUUCAAGUCCAUCCUGCCAGCUUUUGACUUCACCAACAAGGACCACAGAGAUGUGCUGAUGAUGAUUCUGAUCAAAGUGAGUGACAUAUCCAAUGAGGCGCGGCCCAUGGAGGUAGCUGAGCCCUGGUUGGACUGUCUUCUACAGGAAUUCUACAACCAGAGUGAUGUGGAGAAAUUAGAGGGUCUUCCAGUCACCCCCUUCAUGGAUCGGGACAAAGUGACCAAGCCUUCAUCUCAAACAGGCUUCAUCAGAUUCGUCCUUUUGCCUCUCUUCAUCGAGCUGGCCAACCUCUUCCCCUGCUUGGAGCAACACAUUAUCAACCCGGUACGGAAGGCUCUCGAUUACUACACAGAGAUGGAGAAAGCGCUGGAGAGGGAGCAACAGAACCGAGCUCAGAGUGAGAAUGCAGCCAAGAAUAAGGAGCUGACUGUGGGCACACAGAGCACAGCUGACAGCCACACAGAUGCUGGGCCCGAAGCCUCGAAACCAGACGCGCUCUGA